UGUUAAACUACGUCAACACCGCCAUGACCUUAUCCCACAAUGCAGCGGGAUGGUGAAGGCGCGUUAUCGGUGCAUGGCGGGGGGCAAACGGACAGGACUGAAUUCGGUAGCUAAUAAACACCGAGGAGGUUGUGAGCCAGUCAGUCAGUCAGUCCCGUUGUUGUCUCUGUCAGCUCUGACCGUCUAGUGUUUUCAACCAGACAUGGCGCCUUUCGGUCUGUUGUUUUCUGGCCUUUUGAAAAAGUCAUUGAGUCUUUUCUCCGACGCUUCCAGUCUGAUAAGGGUCGUCAAUGUAAUCCCAGCUGUAAAGAGUUUCACCACCAGUGCCGGCGCUCCCCCUAAGAGGCCCCUGAACGGAUACAUGAGAUUUGUGAAACAGCAACAACCUCUCGUUGUCAGGGAGUAUCCAGAUGUCAAAGCUGUCGAUGUGAUAAGGAAGAUUGCACACCAGUGGAGAACUCUGACAGCAGACCAGAAACAGCCUUUUCAACAGUUGUCAGUGGUUGCCAGGGAGCAGUUUAAGGUGGACAUGCAGAGGUACCAGUCACAGCUUACACCUGCACAGGCUGCUGCUCUGAAACAGGAGAGGAGACGGAGGCUGGCCAAGAGGAAAGCCAUCAGGAGGAAGAGGGAGUUGAACAGUCUGGGCAAACCCAAACGUCCCCGGUCGUCCUUUAACAUCUUCAUGGCAGAACACUUUGAGGAGUCCAAAGGGACGACCACGCAGGGCAAGAUGAAGAUGCUGCGGGAGGACUGGACCAAACUGUCAACCUCACAGCAACAAGUCUACGUGACUGACUCUCUGUGCUCUGCAGGUCUACGUGCAGCUGGCGGAGGAUGAUAAGGUGCGCUAUAAGAAUGAGAUGAAGUCCUGGGAGGAACACAUGAUGGAUAUCGGACGGGAGGACCUGAUCAGACGGAAAGAGACCCACAAGGAUAAAACGGCUACUAAAGGAGGCAAACAGAAAUCCAAAGUGAAAGUGGUGAAGACUAAAUCUGUAGGAGCUACGACAGCGAGGAGCGGGAAAAAGGCCUGAGUUGUUCUGGAGAAGAAGGGUGCUGUUAUAAAGGAAAGUUACCGUCCCAAAUAAAAUGUAUUUUGUUUA